AUGACGAAGGGGACGGACCGGCUCGUGCAGCAGGUGAAGCAGUUUGUCGAUGUCAGGAUCAAGGUCUUGCAGUCGCGGUACGGGCAUGUCGCCAUCGACCUGCUUGAACUUCCUCUGAAGGUGAUUCUAUCGCCGUUCACCCUCCCCUUCGACAUUGCCGGCUCCGCACCGCGAGGCUUCGGCAUCCCCAAGCUUGUCUCCGACCUCUCGUUUGGUGCCAUCUUUGUAAGCGUCUCUCUCUCUCUCCCCGCUCCUCCUCAAUUAUCUUCCUCAGCCGCCACGCCCUGCCGUCUGUUGGUUGGAGUUAUUGUGGAACUUCUUUUUUUGGUGUGGUGAUUUUAGGCGGUGGCUACAAUCGGCACAUAUGACAUCGCAUUGGAGUUGGGGAAAAAGGUCCUCUCCCAGAGGUAAUCUGUGCCGUUUUGUAUCGUUCACUGCCGUUGUGUGCACCACGUACUCGUACAUCUUCGGUUGGUUUAUCAUCUGUUUCGAGAAAAUUUUCUAAUCCUUUAUUUUGACUUGAUAAAUUUACAGAAAAUACGUAAGGAUUAUUAAGUUCUACAUCUGGGAUAAAACUUGAUAAAACUUCCUUCACACUGUCAAAUUUAUCAGUCUUUGUAUUUCCAUAUCUAUGUGAAAAUGCAUAUAUUUUUCACCCAGCUCAAAUCAUGCCGUUGCACACACAGAACUAAUGCUUUAGUUGUAAAUAUAAAGAUGCAACUUUAAGUGGUAUUCCAUAUUUGAAUCGUCUUUUCUGCAUGCAGGAAUUGUCAGACCUGCAACGGUUGGCAAGCAUUACGGUGCUCUAUGUGCAAAGGUUCAGGGAAAGUCCAUUAUCGAGUGAAAGGCUACAGCUUAAAAAGGUGGUGCUUGAUUUUCGAUAUAUUUUUAUAACGUUAAUGAAAAUUCUAUUCCGAAUAUAUCCAAUAAAUCUCUGCCCUUGUUGAAUAAAUUUGUGAUUCUAUUGUAUUUCUGUAUGCCGCAAUCCAGAAAGUAGGAUUCCAUUCAUUACAUAUACUUUCUGCCAGACACUGUUCCUGCAAUUUUUACAUCUUACUAUACACAGAUUUCACCAUCGUCUGAAACCUGUUCUUUUGUCGUCUAUCACGCUAUUUUGAAACGGUUCCACAUAUAUUUGGUUUUUUGAGAAGUAUGGGAGCAAGUUUCUAGUUUUGUGAUCCUCUUCUAUUCCUUUGACAACUACAUGGAAACAAUUAGACGAUAAACUUGUAGAUACCAAGUAUAGUGUUAUGCUAGAAGAGCCAUAGCGUCCAUUGGGCAGUCAGUAGGAUAUAGGAAGUGUUUCCUUUAGGCAUGGUUGCAGUCUUCUUCCCCAACUCAUUUACACCCUGACUGAUGAAGGAUGCUUUUCCCUGCCAUUCCGAGGGCCCUUUUUUUGGGUAAGGAAUAGGAGGAUGCUUUAUGAUUAGCAGCAGGUUCACAAAUUCUCCACUAUCUGAAGUGAAUCAAAGGCUAGCAUCGUUUUUUCUCCUCUCAGAUCGUGCUACUUCAUCUGUUGCUUUGUAGAUGGCGUUAGGUCUGUGUAUCCUUGUCUCUUGGUGGAUUUUCCAGGGACCAAAAUCUGCUGUAGGUUCAUGUAUCCAGAUUUUUUUUUGUAUGCUGAGUUUUCAUUAAAAAAAGGAACUUUAUUUCCUUCAGAAAAUAGAGAAAUGGGAGAUAAGGAUGAAUUUGGUGAAUAAUUUAAUAUAAAUCAUGGGACAUCAGAAGUGUUAUUUUAUUUGGGUGAUGUUGGUUGGAAAAAUGAUCAUUGCGGCAUCAGCUUUCCAACAUAAAAUUGCUGCAAAAAUUGAAUUUUUUCAAGAAAAUUUCCUAAGAAGUUGUUUCUUGAAUCCCCAUGAAAUGGCACCAGUAGAAGCAGUAGAUGUGUCUUUUAGAAUUCAAAACUUGUGUUCCUGGCAGAAGAUUAAUGUUUACUUGAUUUAUUGUUUAUCCAGAUGCGUUUAUGGUACAGAAAUUUUAAAGUAUGGAUUCAAAACUUUUCUGAAAGGCUUCAUUUGACCACAUCUGUUCUCUACUCAUUCGUUUCACAGACAAUGCUAGGUUGUAAAAGAGGACCACGCUAUUUAUUUUUUUCUUUGGCAGUAUAUUGCAUUUAUUUCCUCUUUUUGGAUUGGGGGUAGUCAAGAAAUCUGACUUUUAUUCAUGUUGAAACAUUUCUAUGAACUCUUAGGCUCAUAACUCUGUAGUCGGUCUGACUCCUAAUCUGGUGCGCUGAUAGAUGCCUCAGCACCCCUGGAGAAAGAAAAUCUUUAUUGAUUGAAAAAAAACUAUUACGAGGAGAGCGAAGUCCAGUAUUUAUAACAGACCCCUAGAAAGUUCUAGACAUACUGACAUAGACGUGGACAUAUAAGAAACAGUAUUUAUUAAGUACAUCUCGACAAGAAACUCACUUAAUUUAGUAUCUCAUUCCUGUCAAGUGAUGGAAUUCAAGUCCGCAUCUUGAGAUUUAUCUGGUGAGAGUGAUUCCACAGUGUUGUCAUAUGCAUUUCUUGUGUAUUUCAUCAUAGAUUUUUGUACAACAUUUUGAAUUCUCCUGGUUCGUUGUUUUGAAUUCUAAAGUCUUGGAAACUUUUUGAAGUAGGAUGUGUCUUUAAAGAUUCCCGAUUUCCCUGAUUUCUAUUUUAUAGUGGCCAGAAACCAACAGCUGAGCACAUUGCGGAAGCCAUUGCUGAAAACAGGGCUGAGUUACUGCACCUUCCAUCUGCUAUUGAUCCUUCUCUACCUUUACCUUCUAAAGACUGUCCAAAAUGUGAUGGAUCGGUAAGUGCUUAUUGCUUAUGUGUUUCUUUAACUACUGUCUUCGCAGCUUUACUUUCUGUGAUUAAAUUUCGUUUCUUAAUCUUCAGAGACAUUUAACAUGUUAAGUCAGUUCUCAAAUAUUUUAUAAUCAUUGGAUACUAUUAGUCAUCCACUUUAUCAUUCAGGUCAAAUCACCUUUUGCACAUACAUUGCAAACGAAGAAAGUUUGAUAUCGAAUAUAACCUCCAUUUAUUGAUGUCUUACAAGGAGGUAUAUGGAAGUUUUGGUAUUUAUUUGUGCUUUUGGCCAAUCUGCUAGCUACUACUAACAUUGGGUUGACAGUUGGGCAUGGGAUCAUGUCCGUGAAAUAACCAUAAUCUUUAAGUAUUAUAUGCAGCUGAAAGGGGUACCAGAAUGCAUAAGAUAUUCAUAUUCCACCGUCCAAUAUCUCAAGUUGACUAAGACUUUCAUAUGUGGUGCUGUUUUUUGUUCAACAUAAAUACAUCUACGUCAUAUAUAUUGGCCAACUGAAGUACCAAUUUAUAGUUAAAAGGACGCUGACAUGAAUAGAUCUAGUUUCCAUUACAUGUUUAACUCUGUAAAGUAAUUUCUAAAAAUUUUAUGUGUUUUACUUGCUUAUUACUAGAAAUAGUCCUAGUUUGUGUUGGAUUUGGACAUGGCAAGCGGAAAUUUCUCCCACCAUUUUUGUUUAACCAGUCCACCUGAUAUUUAGAAAUUUAACUGGAAAUUAAUGUGGCAAGCUGUCUUUCAUGCACUGAUAACUUAAAUUCUAUGCUGUUUAAAUUUCACUUAUCCUUGAGGUAAGGAUAUUUGGAAUUUUGUCUCUGAGGUUCACAAUUCUCUAAUUGCAGGGUGUAAUGAGUUGUCCAAAAUGCAAGCAUCAAUUGCAAGUUCGUAUCUCUGCAGAUGACGUGAGUUCUAUGUCUGAGAAACGGAUUCAUCUUUAGGCACUACUUUAAGAUUAUAAUCUACAUGCCUCUUUAUUCUUGCUAAUUCUUUCUGCUUUUGUCUUGUAGUAUAUCUCGCUGUAUUCUUUGGUUUGGUUGGAAUUGGUAACGUGAGUGCAAUGAAAAUGACACAAGUUCUUGAUUUUUGCUUAUUAAUUCCGGACAAGAUACGGACAUCUCUUGGUAUAACUGAAGCUAUUGUUUUGACCUAAUUAUCUGCCAAAAGGAUACAUGUGCUCAGUGGGGGUCUUCCAUACAAUCGAGAGAUGGUGGAGGUUUUGGAAAAGUACAAUCUACAGAAACAGUCUUCUUUCUUGAGAUGGUCAAAGGGCCGACAGAGAGGAAUCAUAGUUAAUCCAUUUCUCCGUUUUCAACUGAAUGUCUUCAGUUCGCAGAACCUUUGAUUUUCUUAAAGUUGUUUUAUUAGUUGUGCAGAAUUAUACUGAUGCUUUAAGUGGUGUUUUACCUGCACUAUUUUAAUGUUCCUGUGAACUAGAUCUUUUGCAUUCAUACCUGCACACAGUCGAAUUUGUCCUGCACAUGCUUGAGCAUACCAUAGGGAUAUAUUUUCACAAUUCUAGAAGAUUAUGAUGCAAUCCUCUUAUUUGUUUUUCAUGAAAUUUGACAAGAUUCUCUUCCAGCAUUUUUUGCAGUGCUUAUACGAGUUGUUUUUAUUUUUCUCAGAUUAUGGAGCCGCCAUGGAAAGCCUAUAAUGUCUUAAAGAAGAUGGACUACCCAUACGAGGUAAUUAAAAAAAGUACACUAUAUCCUGGUUAGCUUAUGAUUUCUCUUCAGUGUCGGCAAUCUCUAUUUCGUUUUCUUGCUCACAUCCCAAUGCAGUUUAUGGCUUAUGAGAAUAUUUUUAUAUUUUUACUUCGUCGUCCACUUGGAUCUGAAAAGUUCUAGUUCCUUUUCUUGUAAUUGUCUGCUAGGAGUCUCUUGUGGUUCUUUUCAGCACAAAGAUGUAUUACCCAAUCUUUACAUGCAUUUGCUAUCUUCUGUUUCAACAUACUUUAAUAAAGUUCGAUCUAAAGUUUUGUACUUAUUUGUUCAGUGGAUUUCGAGUUAUUGAAGGAUCAGUGGACUUUUAACAUCAAUGCCUUAAAUGCAUUUUUGUGGAUUAUUGUUAUCAUUUUCCAGUUUUCACGGAAGGGUUCAGUGAUGUGUUGCUAUUCCUACCGGGAGCUGAUUUUUUUUUUCCCUUUGUUGCUAUUGGUUUUUGUCAUUUUCUUAGCAGUGAUUCUCUGUGGAUUAUAGAUUCCUACUUUCAGGUUCUGUUGGGGUUAUAGGGCUAGUUAUCUUUUUCUAUAUUCAUCUUUUUUCUUUAUGCCGUUCAGAAAUCUGUUUCAUGUGAAUGCCAGAAACCGAAAAGAGCUGUUUCUCUUUCUUCCAUACGAUAUUUGUGAUCUUCCCGUCAUUCAAAUAACACCAUGAUAAUUGAAUGCCAAGUGAAGCCCUUGUUCAAUGAUGAUGGUUUUAUGAAUGUCUUCAAAUGUAUGGUCGUGUUUAUGUCUAUGCUAUAGGGUCAUUCACAUCAUAAAUAAGAUAUCUGAUGUCAUAUUCCUUAACAGGGUUAAUCUCUGUAAAACUUUUCUUCUCUCUUAUUGACUAUGUGAGACAAAAUUCAUGCUUGAUUGUCGGUAGACCAUCCCCAAAGUGAUUCUCUAAGGCUGAAAAAAGGCAAGUCGUGUUGAUGUGGACAACUUUACCUUUCUCUCUGCAGAAUAUUCUUAACAGCAUGAAAGACCCAAAGAUCGCAGCAUUUUGGUUGCUUACAAUGCCUCAGGUUGUGGGCGGAUUUAACUAUGAUGAUGAAGUUAAGCAGAAAAUUUGGUGGGCGUACAAGGUACGGGGACUUAAGUUUUUAAUCAACUUCCAUGUGUCUUUAUGUGCUUCUGUUCAGCUUGGUGCCUGUCGUUAUAGAAUACAUUCCCGACUAACUUUGGUCAAAGUCGGUUCAUCUACCUGUUAAAUUGGCUUCUUUCUAUUGAUGAGGCAGAAAGAUGAAAUGAUCUUUCAUAUGAUCUGAACAACUGGUUUGCUAAAAUUUAUCAAAAUCUUUACUGUCCUGAGAAGUCUUCCGGUGACAACUUAAAUGAAAACGAGAUUUAGGAUUUAUUUGGAUGCUUUAGUCGAAUAUUAUUGAUUCUGAUGUCCCUCUGAUUGGGGAAUUCGGCUCAGUAGAACCCAAGUCUGGUGAAUAUUUUUUUUGGCAAUAAAAUUAAGUCAGGUGGAAGCAGUCAAUUCUGAUGUGGUUUACUGGCGAUCUUGUCUAAUCCCACCUGUUUCUGAAAAAUCAUUGCAAUACAAAACUAUUCUCUUGGUUUUUGAACUAACUCGUGUCAAUUCUGAUCGAAUUGGCCAAUCUUGCAACUAUGAGAAUGAUUGGGCGGCUUGGAAUUUAUCAAAUGACAGCGACCCAAUUUUCUGGCUUCAUACAGCCUUAUUUUCAUUUGGUGGCAUCUCGAUGUCCAGAAUCAGGUUUCCGUUCUGCUGGUUUAUUGCAUGGGCAUGCCACAACCUGUACAGCAGUAGAGUAGGAGUGAUCAAUAUUACGAUUUAUCCAGAAAAGGACAUUUUUUUCCUCAUAUGCAUUCAUCUCUGGCGAAUUGAUGUGGGCACGUUGAUCCUAUUAUGGUCUUCCACUGACAUUAUGUUCGGAAAAACUUGAUUUAAAACUUAUGCGUUGAUCUUCUUAAUGGCAUAGUUAUAUCACCUUAGAAACUUGUUGGCGCAUCAGUUUCAUAGAAAAAGCAUCGUUAGAACAGAUCAGAAAAUGUGUAUGAAAAUGAGUUUUGGCAGUGUUUGUUGUAAUGUUUGGCAUGGAUGUUCUGUUUAGUUCCCAUUCUUUAUGUUAGUAUAGAAGCAUUGAGGUUUCUUUUACAUUGGCUUUCUUCUGUUGCUAGGAAUCAAUGCGUUAUGACCGACUUCGGGAUGUAGUUUCUCAGCGAAAACCUGGUUGGGAGCACUUACAGAGUGUGAGUAUCUGAAUUUUAUCAUGAGUCUUUCUCAUGCUUUCUUUUUCCAAAUUUUUUGCUGGUGAGAGAGCAAUUGGUUGGUCAGAGAUUUUAGCUAUCACAGGUCAUGCUGUGUGUACAUACUGUUACUCUUCUGUCAUUAGCAGUUCUAUAUGAUCCACACACGUCUGGACAUGAAUUAAAACGGAGCUGAUUUAAUUUCCUCUGGGCGUUGAGAAUUUCGUGGUAUCAUUUUUUCAGCAACAUAAACACAUCAAGAUAUAUCAUCGUGCUAUUUAGUAAUCAUAUCCUAUCACGGUGCUGGCCUUUAAAUUUAGCUUUCUCGUGGGAAUUUCAUUUGAUACGGUAAACUGUGCACAUAUUGUUUGUCAAUUUUUUCUCAUAAUACCUAGAUCUCCACUAAUGGAUAUUUGCACUUUCAUGUCUAAGCUUAUAUAAUUCUGCCAAUAGAAUUUCUGAUUGCCUAGCCAUAUCUCAUCAUGGUGCCGGAAUUAGCAAUGGUAUCCUGUGUACAGAUUGUAGAUCAAUUUUUCUCGAAUAACUAGAUUCCCACCGAUGAAUAUUUUUCUCUUUCAUAUUUAUAUAAUUAUCUCCUAGCCAUCAUUUUGCCUGAAUAUUUGCAUUUUCAUUUUUAUAUACUGAUAUCAUUAUCAGACUUGCCUUGUUUUCUCUCAUAAUUUUAUGUUCAUUAUUUGGGAAAAUGAAUUUUUUAUUUCAAAGGUGUUCCAGAAACCAUUCAUGUAGGCAGGAUUAAUGAUUGCAGAUAUUUUAUAAAUGUUCAAUUGUAACCAAUAAGUGAGUUUCUCAAUUAUUUACGCUUGCAAAGUUUGCUUGAAGCUCGUGCAUAUAAAAUCUGUGAGAGAAUUUUUUCUUUUUGGGCAUGCUUUUAUUCUCAAGGUUCCACUAUAUGCUUGGGAUACCUCUGUUUUAUAGUCAUUGUGUGUGCAUGCACGUGUGGAUACCUGCUUGACUGCCUGCGCAUGUACAGUAAGAUAAGGCAUAGAAGUAAUCUGAGGGAUUGCCCUCUUUGUUUAGUCAACAUUAUUUUGAUCUUACAGUGGUAACUUUGGGAGAUAUGUUGCUGCCCUUUCAUUAUUGAUCUAUCAAGUGAAGAAAGCUCUCUUCCUAUAGAACAGAUAUACUGAGUUGUAUAAUUUGUAGUACUGCUCUUUAAGUUGUGAAUUACUGCAUGAAUUACUCUCUCUCUCUCUCUCUCUCUCUCUCUCUCUCUCUCUCUAGAUCUGGUAUGGUGAGUCAGAAAUCUGACUAUCACUUCAUCAAGUAGUAUAUCAUAUUCUUUUUUUUCCUUCAAUUCUUGGCAAGUUAUUAAUCUGUGUGCGAAACUGAUCCAUGUCAUUUGUCUGGAAUAUGCGCCAAACUUGUCUGGAAUAUGUGGCAUUGUCACAGGUCCUCACCUCUAUAGAUCCAGCUCGUGCAAGGGAUGAUCCAGCUAUUAUUAGAAACGUGCCGCAUUACAAGGCCAAGAAAGCAUUGGAGGCAGAGGUUAUGAGGCUAGACGUCCCACCGCGGCCUCAGAACUGGGGUGUAAGAACUCAAAAGCCUUUCGUUGACUUUCUUCUUAUCCAUUUCUCAAACAUAUCUUGUUGACACGCCCAAUAUAAAGUUCUACUAUUGGAAAGAAUAGCCGCCUUCUGAUACUAUGUAAAUGGCGAAUCAUUCCCCAGGAGCUCGACCUUCCGAUCAAUGCAUCUUCGUGGACUAGAGAGGAGCUGGAAGACCCGAAAAAGCUACUAGAAAUGACGAGUCUUCUGAGCGCCCAGAGAGAAAUGGCCGACAAGAUCUUAGAUGCCCAGUGGGAGGCAAAAUGGCGUCAAGAUAAGGUAUGCGACAUCUGAAGCUCAUACUCGUUCUAUGAUGACAAUAAUAAUACGACUAAGAUUUCCAUCUAUUGUUGAUGACUUGAUUUCUGGGCAUUUAUUUAAUUCCAGCUGAAUGAUCUGCUGGAGGAGAAGAUGCGGCCUUACAUCCAGAGCAUGGAUGAUGUUCUUCCCCAGUCUGUCAUCAUCCAAUCCAACACUGUUGAAAACAAGGUCUCUCUCUCUCUCUCUUCCCAGAUCUAACUCUCUCUCUUCGUAUUAUUCUUUUAUUUUAUCAUACUUGAAAGGCCUUUGGAUGACAUGGAUUUCUCAUGAUCCAGAGAAAACCCAGGCGAAGAUGGUGGCUCUUUUGA